GGACAAUUCGUCAAACACCUGGCGUGUGAAAUUUCCUGUGUAUACGAUCAAUAUUAUUACCAAUUAAUUCACGAAAGGGACAACAGAUACAUCAAAUUCCUUAGAUCUGGUAAUCAGCGAAUGAAUCGGAGGAUUUAAGGACCGAAGAAUCAACACAUCGCUUCAAUUCAAUAGCCGAACACGAGUCGAUACCACUGACAGUGGUGGUAGUUUCUGAUUUCUUUGAAGUUUGUUGGUGGGGGAUUUUGUGAUUCUCGAAAAAGUCUUUUAGACAUCGCUAAUUAGUAUUUCGUUUUAUUUUGGGGAUUGGUUGAAUGUAUGAGAAAGAAGAAGAAUCUGAAUCAGGGAUGGGUGGAGAGAUCUCGAAUCUACUUCGGCCGCGGUCCUUUGUUAUCUUAUUGAUCGGUUUAAUUUUCGUCUUCCUCGCGUUCUCAUCGUUCUCUCAACAGGAGGAAGAUACAGUGGAAGAGGUCCAUGAAAUCACCCACAGAACAUUUUUGGAUGUUGAUAUUGAUAAGCAACGAUUAGGAAGAAUUGUCAUAGGGUUGUAUGGUGAAGUUGUACCAAAAACUGUUGAAAAUUUCCGCGCUCUAUGCACAGGGGAAUUUGGCAAGGGUAAAAGUGGAAAACCACUCCACUAUAAAGGAAUACCUUUUCAUCGUAUUAUACCCGGGUUCAUGAUCCAAGGUGGAGAUACUGUUUAUGGCAAUGGGAGAGGAAACGAAUCUAUCUAUGGUGGAGUCUUUCGUGAUGAAAAUUUUAAAAUCAAGCACUCUCAACCAGGUAUGAUUGCCAUGGUCAAUUCUGGACCAGAUUCCAAUGGUGCACAAUUCUUCAUCACUACCGUUAAGGCCUACUGGUUGGAUGGGGAACAUGUGGUGUUUGGAAAAGUUAUCGAAGGGAUGGAUACAGUGUAUGCGAUCGAAGGGGGAGCAGGUACUUACAGUGGGAAACCAAGAAAAAAGGUGGUUAUUGCGGAUUCAGGCGAAAUCCCAAAGACCGAGUGGGAUGUUGCAUUACAAACCACAACAGCUGAAUCAUAGCAUCGAUACAAUUAGCUAGAUUUUACAGUUUGAGUAUUAUACUUUGGGAUUUUCGCUAGUUUGAUAAUACAUUUAUUUGUAAGUAUUUUACUUUGAGAAAAAGCUUGAUAUUUUUUA